AUGAGUUUGUCAGAUUCUUGUUGCAACACUCCCCCAACAAACGCAGAAUGGGAGAGGAAAGGCCAUGAUAAGGUCCUACUGACCAAAGUACAUGGAGAAGAACAAAAGGUUUACAGGACUGGGCCUAAGGACUCGAAGUACGGCAUCAUCGCUGUUUACGAUAUUCUUGGCUUUCAUCCCACAACCUAUCAAUUCUAUGAUCGUCUCGCUACAGCAAAUGGUGGGUUCCAGGUCUCGGCCCCUUACUUUUUCAAGAAGAUUUUACCAGAAUCCUACAUUGGAAAUCGCCCUUUAGCAAUAGCCUGGAUAGAUGACAAUGCAAACUACAAGAAGAACCAUUAUGACGAUUUGAUUCGUGCAGCCGUUGAGGAUUUACGUUCAGAUGGGUGUACAACAUUUUCAAUCUUUGGACAGUGCUGGGGCACCUAUAUUUCUAUUUUGGCGGCAUCAGAAGACGAUAGCCCCUUCUUGGCAGCUGGAGGGCCACAUCCAGCUAUGUGCACAGUUGAAUUGGUCAAGAAUAUCAAAUGUCCAGUGAUACUCUUACCUGCAAAAGAUGAUGAUGACAUGGUAGGUAUCCCUUUAGUCGAGGAGGUGAACCGAAAGAACUUUUCUACUAGGUCUGUACAUAAAAGAUUUACUGAAGUUCACCAUGGUUGGACAGGUAGCCGUGGCGAUUGGUCUGAUCCUGUUCAAUUCAGAGCUGGUAUGGAGGCGGUGAACAUGCUCGCUGAGUUCUUUGUAAAAGUGGCUGAAAACCCUGAGGAUAAGUAG